GAGGGGCCCCCAGCGCGACAGACUCGCCGCACUCAGUUCAGUUCGGAGUCCCGAGUGCGUCAGUCCCGUCGCCGAUGCCGUCGCGCAGCACACGCUGAAACGAGAUCGCUGGACCAGAUCCUCCGUGCCCGCCUGGAUCUAUCCGAUCUACCUCGACGUCUCGACGUACCGAGUUCUUAGUGUCUGCGCUGGUGUUUUUUAGUGUUUUUAUUUGAUUUUGUUUUGUGGCUAUUUAUUUUUGAAUUUAUUAUUUUGCGAUGGCUAAACUGAAUUUUAUGCUGGUCUUCCUCGCGGUGUCCGCCUGCAAGGGUAUUUUUAUUGGAGGCGAGCAGGACGUGGGGAGUCCCCUCAGAGUGGCACAAUGCCGGGCUACUUGUCUCGAAAGGUUCUCUAAUGACGGGCCCAACGGAGAGUCCAUGUGUCUACAAGGACCCGAUUGCUUUAUGUGCUGGGAGAACUGUGAGCUGUUGCAGAGCAACUUCCAAGUGUGGGGUGCGAUGUGCGAGGAGAAAGAGAUAUGUUUCCCUGGUUGCCAAGAGGCGUGCAGAUUCCACGCGGAAGCAUCAACCAACACGCAGCAAACACAACCUGUGAUCCACACGAAAGGCGAGGGCGUUAUAAAAGUAUCAGGAGCCUUGGCCAGAUGGCCUAGACCUUCUUCCAUCGACACCAAAGUCCCUCUAGUCUACGUAGUCAUGCGCAAAUCCAAAACCGGACCCUGGAGACAAAUCAUCCAGACUUUAGAUCUGACCACUAGGGUGCCCGCCAAUUCAGACCAACCUGGUGCCAUGUUGAGAGUUUUGGUUGUCGACCCGCAAGGUUUGGUCACCAUUUACAGCCCAGAUGAGGCUAGCAACAGGGAGAACAAGAAGAGGAAGAAGACCAUUAAUACAGAGAUCAAGGCCACAACAAGCAAAACAACCACAACAGACGUUGAUGCUCCCUGGGUGUUAAGAGAAGUGUCUCUCAUCCACCAGAAAGUGCUGGUGAUUGGCGAGAUCGCUUGGGAACCCAAAUCCAACCGCGGAGUCUAUUUGGUCACCUGGGAGGUCGACGGCGGUGGUCUCAAAGGCAACUUGUUCACCGACUCCACAUCCGUAACCCUAUCCUUGUGGCCCGACACAAUCUAUCACAUCCAAGUAGAACUCGUGUCAAGAAUUCCGGGAGUCGAAAACCUUAAAUCCGAAAUGAUGGACCUGGACACGGGUCGCGCCCAGAAAGUCUCAACCGAAAGCCAGGAGGACCUCAACAUGAUCUCCGACGAGGCACCGGAAGACGUGAACUUCAACUCACCUCUGUUGUCCGUGUUGGUCAGCGCAGUUCGAGGAGAGAACACGCGCAACAAGUACCGCAGGAUGGAGUUCGUGCUCGGCAGUUGCGCCGCCAUCAUCCUCUUCGCCUUGGUCCUCGCGCUGCUGCUUUGGAGACGCAGAAGCAGGAGGGGUCUGGUGGAGAACAUGAUCACCGGUUCUACCGGCGUGCGCAGCCAGAAACUGGUGGAGGACUUCACUGGAUGUACAGGGUUCGAACCGAUAGUGACGGUGAUGCCGCCGCCCGAAACGCCCGAGGUGUCGUUCCAAGGUGCGACCAGCAGCAAUUUCUUAAGCCAAAACGAGAAGACUGUGCAGGUGUGACGUCACAGCAGUGACCCGAUCGCUCGCGUGUUAGAGGACGAAUAAAAAAGUUCCUAAGUUCAUAAGUUGGGAGUGCGGAAUGGACGUUUUUUAUCUCGAAACUAAAGAAUUGUAUGUAUAUGUGUAUAAAAACUAGUCUCCGAAAAACUGUUAAGGUAAAUAUUAUACGUGCGAGGACUGCGACAUAAUCUUGCUUCAAGCGAAACGAAAGAAUGAUUACGUGCUAAAAUCAAAGUGCAGUGUAAAAAUUGUACUUAUGUAAAAUUUAGAGAUACUUUUUUUAAUUUUUGACUGUGUUAUUUUUUAUUAAGAUAUUUUAAUUAUUUAUUUAUAGUUACACAUCUAUAUUGUAAAAUAGCCAAAAAAUUAUUAAAAUUUUGACUGUGCUACUUAAAUAAAUUUUCAGCUGGGAGUGUGUUUCAGUGUUGCCGAGUCUGGCAUGGAUUUAAAAUUAUACAUGCAUAUCAAUUAGAAAUUGGACUUUUAACCUUCCAAAAUUUGCUUUUGCUUCAUGCCAACCAAAUCAAAACUAGCUACAAUUUUACAUUGACACACACGCCCCUUAAUUAUUUAUUAAAUUGUAUAUAAAAUUCCAAUUUUCGUCCAAAUUUUAAUAAAUGUUAUUAAAUGAUAUCAGUGGUAUAAAUACUUGUCAAUAUUUGGACUAGUAAACUUAGUGAAUGUUACUAGCUAGCUUCAAGACUUUUAAUUGUUUCGACUUUUUUUAAACUUUUUGCAGAUUUCUUCGUAUUCGUUUCCGAAAUAAUUUUUGCUGUACUAAAUAUUUCAAACAAAUACAGAGAACUCUGCGUAUACCUGAUGUCAGUGAUGUCCGAUGAAAAUGUUUUAGUUUUUCUGUAAAUAAUUUAUUGUAUUAUAAUUAUCUAUUAUAUACCAUAUAAGUUAUUUUUCUAUUACACAUGGUCUUAGUCAGUUCCAUGGCUAAAUGUAAAUAUAAUUAUUAUAAUUAUUAUCAGUGGA